CUUCUUUCAUGUAUCUCAAUGUUGGACCAUGGCGUGGCGUCUAGAGCAAAGACCGGAAACCGUAGAAAGCCUUUCACUAUCUUCCGAUUUGGUCACGCCUAGUCCGUGGUAUAAGAAGACAAAAUAUCGGAUUUGCCAUACCAGUUCCGAUACGCUGACAGACAGAAAAUGAGAGUUGUUCUUCACAUGCUAUUCAUCUGGACCACUGUGGCGUUGAGCCCUCUGGCGGUGUUAGGGGGAGUCAUAAACGACUUUGGCGAUGGUGGAGGCAGCAGCGAAGAGCACAACGAGGGAGAGUCCAACGAGAUCCACAGUGAGAGGGGACUGGAGGAAGGCGGUCAAGGUGGAGGGGGUAAGGGUGAAGAGUUUGCUGAACAUGCGAAGAUACUCUCCCAUCAUUUGGGUGGAGGAGAAAAUGAAGGGGGUGGGGGUGACAUAGGCCAGCACCAAUGGAACUCCUUCAACACAGGUAGCUUUCAGGGUCAAGAGGGCCACGGUCUCGAAGGUCAAGGCCUCGAGCACCAACACCACGAGAGCGGAGGUCAAGGUUUCGAGUCCCAAGGUCACAGUUUUGAAGGAGGUAAUUUAGGUGAUCUAGCCAGCCAUGGAAUUCAAGUCGGGGAACAUGAGCAACAAGACGAGCAGCAUGUGGAUUUGAAGCCUAAAGUUGAGGUGGAACAUGAGCAUAUACCGACAAAGACGAUAGAGCAUACCAAGCCAGUACACUACCAGGUAGUGAAGAAGAUAGGAGUACCAGUGCCUCAUCCAGUUGGCGUGCCCACAACUCAAGUAAUCAAAAUCCCAGUACCACAGCCCUAUGCUGUCCACAUUCCGGUACCACAUCCCAUAGCGGUGCCCAUUUACAAACUGGUGCCACAAGAGAUCGAAAAGAGGGUACCGAUCAGCGUUGAGAAGCUAGUACCCGUAUACGUAGACAAACCCGUCAAAAUUGAGGUUGAGAAGCACCAUGUAGAAUAUGUGGACAAACCUUACCCAGUAUACGUGCCUGUGUACAAGCACAUUUUCCAUCACGUACCCAAGCAUCACCAUGGUCACCAUCAUCAGCAUUGAAAUACCUCGUUUGAGCAUGACUGAAUACUUUUGCAUAUAGCCCAGUACUUUUAGGAGAAUUUGUGGCCGGAAAAAACAGCUCAAUUUGUCGAUAUCAGCAAUGUCCAUUGGGCAUAGGAGGUGUCAGUAUUUUCUUAUUAGGGCUCAUAAGUACGACGUAGACCUGGAGUCAGUAAUGUUGUUUAUGUUCACAUCAUUCGUACAUAGAAGUCAACAGCUUAAUCUCUGUUUCCCAAUGCUUCGUACAUAGUUUACUGAGUUGCUUUUGAAAAUAUUUCAUGUGCUUCCGUUAUUCACAUUUGCUGUUAUCUGUAGUAUUCUUAUAAGCAUUCGUUAACGUCGCUUACCAUUUUCACUUUUUGUCUGAUUGUUUCAUGGUUUUUAUAGAGAUGAGUGGAAAAACAAUGUUAUCAGUUUCAUUUUUGUAUAAAAAUCUUUUUUUGCGCAUUUUUAUACAUUUUUUCUUCAAUUGUAGCUUGAUAACAUAUCAUAGUUCAUCUUUGAAAUUUUAUGUGGAUAUUCCACCUUUAUUUUAUUUAUAACUUUUUCAAGGAAUUUUGCUUUUCCUGAAAACUCCAUUUGCCGCAAAACGAGGUUUCAAGGCAAUCAAAGAUAUUUUAAAGACUAAAAGUGAUAAGGAGAAAAGCAAUCACGCACUCUACUCUACUAUAAAAAUGGAAUUUUGGCAUAAAAUUUCAGAGCUGUACUACUAUUUGUAAAGAAGUUACGGUUGAAGUAAGCCUUAUAUAUAUAAAAUGCACAGAAAUUGCAAUUAUUGGCCCAAAAAUUAAUAACACUGUUUUAAGUUAUCUCUAUAGAUACCAUGAAAUAAUCAGAUGAAAACGAUUUAGAAUACUGCUCCAAACAGGCAGUUGAAAAGAAAGCACAUGCGACGUUAAAUCGAAUGGCUGGUGCUUUUUAUUUACUGAAUGGAAACUCUAGUACCUAACUAUUUAUAGUAAGUGAUAUUUUUGUUAUAUAUUUUUAGCUUACAACUUGUUGGUUUGUGAAAGCUUCUAUCAAUUUUAUCUAAACUCGUCUUGAACUUUCAUCUAUAGAAUGCUAACUUGUUUGACUAUUAAUGUAUCUUUGUCACGUAUUUCUUCCAAACUUCCAAUUUCUAUCAUAUGUUGCUUCUUUCAUUCGGUGCAC